AUGACUUCUGAUGAUGAUACACAACUACGAAAAGUUACUGAACGUAUACGAGAAGAAACUAAGGGUGAAACUGGAUGGAGACGAUUGGGACUAUUAUUAAUAAAAAUUAGCCAACUCGAAAAAGCUGAAGAAUUGUUUAAAUUUUUACUCGAACAAAAAAACCAAGAGAAUGAUCAAGCAGCUAUUUAUAACAGUCUUGGAUAUAUUAAGAGUGAUCAAGGCAAAUACAAAAAAGCAUUAGAUUUUUACGAUAGACCACUUGAUAUUCUUCAAAAAAAAAAUUCCUAUUAA